UAGUUUCCUCUAAUUGCACAGCGGGCACAGUGUGAAACCCAGCACGGAGGCUUGAAUGAAUUGCGGUGCUUCGAAUCGAACGUAGUCCUAAAUAGUCUCCAGUGUGAACGACAAUCCGACAGAUGUGAACAGCGGAGAGAAAGCAAAAAACAGAAAGCGCGUAAUGGCGAGCAGACUUGCUCUCUUGCCUCGCAUGGUGAGGCAGGCUCUGCGACGACCGCUCAGCUCCGCGUCUCCGGUCGCCGGCGUGGUGCGGUUCUCCUGUGUCCGUUCGACCCCGGCGCCGUCGUUGCUUCGCACAAACGCCGCCGCCUGCGCGGUCUCGCACCGAAGGUUCUUAAAGAGCGAAUCCUCGGCUAAGGAGGCGCAGGAAGAGUUCGACGAAAGCGAGUGGACCACAAUCUUUCGCUACCCUCACAUCAGGUUCAUCCAGAUGCUAUGCCGAUUCAAGAUCUACCAGUGCUUCGCCACGUUCGUCGUCACGCCGCCGCUUAUGCUCUCCGAGUACGCGCAGUGGCUGCCGACGCACGCCAACGCCACCCUCCUGUCGCUCAUGGUGUCCUCCGCCGUGGUCCUCUUCCUGACGGGAAUGAUUUCCGAGCGCAUCGUCGGCAUGAUGUACGUCAACAAGGACUGUACCAAGCUGCGCGUCGCUCGCCUAAAUUUCUGGGGUCGGCGGCAGGACCACGCGUACGACGUCAAGGACGUCGCCCACUUCGCGGACGCCGGCCAGGCCUGGGGGUCGUGGUACGUCCAGCUGCACCGCUUUAGCGCCCCGAACGACCCCCUUAUCCUGACCCUCAAGCAAGGUGGCAUCGUCGACAAGGAGCUGUUCACCAAAGUGUUUGGCCACGACAUUGCCAGUUAGUUCAUACGAAAGCGACUUCUAGGGUAGCUGUUUUCUUGCAUGUACGCUGUAGACAGAUCGUCUACACAGUCUUUUUUGGCGCCCAUGUUAAGGAGCGCCAUCUUUGCGUACGCUAUUCUUAAAACUGCCCAAUGCCACGGAUGCAAAUGGGAAGAGAGGAGCACAGUUUCACUCGCUGGCGGCUGGUUGCUUUCGUGGAAUCUGGACACUUCUUUAUGUUGGCAAAGACUGCCUUAAGGUUAUCAUUGCAGUAGACCGAGCCAGGACCUCCCAACAAAACAAUGACUCUAAGCAGGUGCUUCGAAGAGCAACUUGAAAAGCAAAAUGCAAAUUAAUAGAGAUUAGACACAUAUGGACACACAAUCUGUAUCCAAGAAAGGCUAGCUAGCUCCGAGCUUCAAUUGACGAUUUUAUCUUUUAGGUAUUAUUUGCUGGCCUCCAAGCAAAAGUAAAUAGAACAGUUAAAUUGGUUCGUACUUGAAAAUUAUUCCUUAUGGCUUAUCAGCAGUUCUGCCAAAACUCUUACCGGUAGAGAGGUCUCCAAAUGCACAAGUACAUUUAAAAAAAAAUUCAACAGUAGGCACACUUAAAUAAUCCUGCGGAGAACUCCUGCUAUUAUUGUUAUAAUAAACAAACGUUACCUUACACCGAUGCUCUAAAAUCUAAUGCAAGAUUUCCACGUGCAUUGGUUCUACGGUAUUCUCUGCUGUGUGGUUUUCAAGCUGUAGAUGGAAUAUAAAUCGUACACUAGUUUGCUGUUCUUGUUAUAUGUCCUUAACGUAAAGCUAGACUUUGAAAAGGGUCACAACACCACGGCCGGCAUUCUCGCUUCAGUCCUCAUUCGAUUUCUGCCCAUUCUUUGUGCUUCCACUCCAAUGUCGCCAAAACAAUUUCUACGUAUUCUCCCCUACGUGUUUCAUUAUAUAAGAGCACAGUUUCCUACGCUUGAAGAACAAGCCCAUGGAAGAGUACAAAUGAAAGCACUUCUUUACGUGGU